UACUGGAGGGAGCCGGGUCGAGUGGGCUAUUGGGGUUCCCAAAAAUCGGGGACAAACAGGCAGACAAUAAGACACACAGGCGGAUGGACGGUACGAUAGGCAAGUGCUCCGACAAGAACCAGAAACGUAACCGAUAUUCAGCUUCUUCCUAUGUUGUUUGCGUUCUUUAUUUAUUUAUUUGUAUUUAUUUAUUUUUCGUAUCGAUUGAUUGCGUUUUAAUUACUGCCUUGUGACAGGGAGCGAGGGAGGAGGAGCGUAGGCCAAGCGCGCAUGUUGGGUAACCUUUCCAAAUGUUUAUUUCAGUUGAUUAGCGUAAUUAGGCUAGUUUACAUGUAUUCCAAACACUAUUCGUUGGUUUAUUGCCUGCGUAUGCGUGAACGUGUGUUUAAAGCCUACAUGAGGGGGAGUGAAAGAGAGUACAACCAGCUACACCAAAUACAGUAGAUUAACCAAAAGUAACACAAAUCAAAAUAGACAACAGUUGUUGGCCUUUACGCACGCCAGCCUGACUGUUUUGACAUGUUUUUAUUUUAAUAUUGUUAAUUGUAUUUACCAGCUCAAACCAAAGUGAGUGAUGCUAGAAUGUCAGUGACCGUUUCGGUGUUUGUUCUCACUCCUGUCGAUAGGAAAACUGUGGUUAAACAGUGACAGUCUGUUAAACACAUAGUAUAUAGGAUAAAUUAAAUGAUAAGUCCAUUGUAAGCAUACGAGGAAGACUCAAAGACAUGAGCAAAUCCAGGAAUAACAACCGACGUGUAAUAAACGUAUUAAUACUUUUACUGUGAUAGCAGUUGUGGUUCUAUCCGUCUGUGUGUUGGGUCUGGACUGUUUCUGUAGCCUAAUUACUCGACUAGAAGGGACCAUCAUACACUUUCUAUGCACAUUUACACCAAAAAUCAUGUUGGGUAAAAACAGACAUUAAAAAAUGUAAAUAGGCAAAGAGCUACAUGCCAUCAACUAAAUAGGCUAACGAAUGUUGAAAGUUUUCGAUACCAAAUAUAUUUCAAACGGACGAAGAUACACAGAAGAGGAAACAUCUACAGACAAUAUAAAACAGAAAUUAUAUUCAAAAUCAGAAGACGAAGGAAGAUCAUGUUUGUUCCCUUGCCGGUGCCGUUCAUGUUUCAGAGAACUGCCCCUGACCUCAACGCCUGGCGUCUCAAGUCCACGUUGGCUCUACGUUCCGACUCUGACAUCAGGAUGUCAAAGCCAGUAGAAGUUGAAAACACAGGGGCUGAUUCUCCAAUGGAGAGCACAGAUUCAGAGCGGAAUGGUUCCGAAUCGAAUCAUCAGGUUCAGCAGAUGAAAAUCAGUCCUUUUCCCAUUUCUCCAACCUUCAGCAGCAACAAGAAAUCGAGACUCAUCAGACCAGGCAACUUUCUUCCAGUCUUCAACUGUCCAAUUUUGAACAAGUUAGAAGAGUGUGGUGAGAUGUCCCCGGUCCAUCCUCCACACCACAGCCACGCCCCCUCACAGACGCCCCUCCCACACACACAGCUCAUGCUGACUGGCUCCCAACUGGCAGGGUUGACGGCUCUCUUGCCAGCGCAGCAACAGUUGUUACUGCAGCAAGCUCAGGCUCAGCUCAUAGCCGCUGCUGUUCAGCAGUCUGUUCAGCAAUCCAACGCAGCUCACGCUGCUCACGCUGCCCACGCAGCUGCCCAAGCCAAUCAGCAAGCUCAGGCAGCUGCAGCAGCCAAUCAAAAGGCCCAGCAGCAACAGCAGCAGGCAGGACAGACGGGGCAGCAGGGCCAAUCACAGGCCCAGGGACAGGGACAGAGCACACAGGAUCAAACAGGCCAUUCUGUCCCUGUCCCGCCCCCUCCUCACCCCCAGCUUACCCUCUCCCAACCAAUCCAGCUCACUGCCCAGGACAUCCAGCAGUUGUUGCAGUUGCAGCAGUUGGUUCUGGUGCCAGGACACCACCUGCAGUCUCCUCAGUUCCUCCUCCCACAGCAGCAAGGACAGCAAGGGUUGCUAUCGACACCAAAUCUAAUAUCGCUACCUCAGCAACACCAAGGCAGCGUCCUGUCCACUCCCACCAGAGUGGGGCUCCAAGCACAGAGGGACAAGGCUGUGGAGGGCAGUGGGGUCGUGACCUCUGUGUCAGCCGGGACCACUCACCCUGAGGAGCCCAGUGACCUGGAGGAGUUGGAGUUGUUUGCUCGCACCUUCAAACAGAGAAGGAUUAAACUGGGAUUUACACAGGGUGAUGUGGGGUUGGCUAUGGGAAAACUUUAUGGGAAUGACUUCAGCCAGACCACCAUUUCUCGCUUUGAGGCCCUAAACCUGAGCUUUAAGAACAUGUGCAAACUCAAACCACUGCUGGAGAAGUGGCUCAAUGACGCAGAGACCAUGUCCAUAGACAGCACUCUGCCCAGCCCGAGCUGUCUGUCCUCUUCCUCCAUGGGCUUUGAGGGCCUGCCAGGCCGACGCCGAAAGAAGAGAACAAGCAUCGAGACGAAUGUCCGUGUGGCCCUGGAGAGAGCCUUUAUCACGCAGAACCAGAAGCCUACCUCAGAGGAGAUCCUGUGUAUCGCCGAGCAGCUCAACAUGGAGAAGGAGGUGAUCCGCGUGUGGUUCUGCAACCGGCGCCAGAAAGAGAAGCGCAUCAACCCCAACAGUGCCACCCCUCCCCUGCCCAGCCAGCCCCCCCAAGCCCCACCGACGCACAACCCCCCCUGCUACAGCCCACACAUGAUGUCCAGUCAGCUGUCCCAGGCGGUGGCCAGUCUCAGCACAACAAUGACCACCAUGUCGUCAUUCUCCCCUCUGACAGCAAGUGGCCCCACCCACUCAUCUGUCAGCUCUGCUUCCUCUCCCGUGACUCCACCCCCUCGCAGCACGGCCAGCCCAGCCCCUCCCAACCACAGCACACUCAGUCUCAACACAGGCUUAUGGCGAAUGGGUAAAAAGAACGGUGACGUGUCUAACUACAUCACCGAUUUCGCUGCAAACUUGAGGAACACUGUGAUGGGAGUAAACACAGGAAACCAAACUCUGAACCAAGCUCUUCUCAGCAACAAUCCCCUGGCUACUAUACAAGCCCUAGCAGCCAGUGGUGGUCAGCGGCACCUUUCCAGUCUUGAGGGGGGCAGUAAGGUGUUGUUGGGGGGUACUGGAGGGCAAGGAGGGGCACUUCAGUCAUCCUUCUUCCUCAACCACCCUGCUUUCCUCCACAUGGGCCAGAAUCCCAGCGCAGGGUUUGUCAGCGCUGCCAUGGCCAAAGCAGUCCAGCCCUCGCCCUUCCCAUCCGCCAGCAGUGUAAGUCCCACCCCCUGCUCCCCGUCUCCCUGCUCCAGCCCCGCAUCUUCCUGCGACUCUGAUGAAUUGGCGCACAGCCUAUCUUCGCUGGGAGGGGCCAAGAUUUGAGUGACACAGCCCAGCGCCAAUCAGAGAGGAGGAAGAGGACGGAAGAAAUGAGAACCUCGCCUUUCAACCAAAGCAAUCUCUUUCUCUCUCUCGCCCUACUACCAUUUAUUUGCGGUCACUCUCUCCCAGUCUUUCAAUGCCAAAAAUACACAGAAUGAAAGAGAGCAGAGGAGGAGCGACCUAAGUGGUUAGGGGGGAGGGGGGAUGGGGAAGAGUGAAACCAAAUAUCUUUAUCUAUCCAAACCGAUGGAGGAGGCGUCGUGGGACUGUUUUGUCAAUAAUGAGCGAUAUUGCACCUCUUCUUUCUCUGGAAAAUAAACCAAUGACAUGACAAGAAUAGAAAGGUGUGUGGAAUCGCGUGAACCAAAAAUGUCAAAAAUAAACUUUACUGUGUGUUUUUUCGGAAAUGGUCUGAAGGAAGAGAUGGGAGGAUGAUUUUAAACCAAAUAUGUACCUGAGGCGGAGAAGAGAAACACACAAUGUCAAAAAACGACAACCAUACCAAAAUCCAAUAUACCAAAAAACCAAAAAUACGGAAGGAAAAGCUUUAUCCAAAGGACCUGUACAUAUUGAUCCUAUCCAGGACCAGAACUCUGCUACUGCUACUCACUCAUACACACACACACACACACACACCAACACACACACUAACACACCAGACAUCAAUGGCCAAUAACAUCUAUCCAUCCAUUCAUCUAAAAAGUGAUUUACCAAACAUGGCUUUCAGAGUUUGUAACUCAAUUUCACAUGUUUAUACAGGAACAUUUUUAUGUGAUAAAUGAUUGAUACUGAAUAAGCCAAGCUUUCAUGCAUAUGUAUGUGUCUUUCAGUUGGUAUUUUCUCAUUCUAUAUCACAUCCUAUCUGUGUAUGUUCCAAUGAUUUGCUGAUAGCAUUGGAGUCGGUCAUUAUCAGCGUCAUCAUCAUCUUGUGCCAUUUCCUUAAUGUUGUCAGAGAAAAUAAUAAGAGAACAGGUUUUUAGUGUAGCUGUUUAAAACUUCUUUCCAUAACCACACAUUUGAUGAAUGAAUAUUAUGAAUUAUACUCACCAUUGUCUUUGUGAAUGGCCAGUAAAAAGAAAAAAGUAGACUAAUAUCAUUUUCAGGUGAGAAAUGAAUCAUUGUGGGUUUGGUCAUGGAAAGGUCUCAUCCUUAUCUUGUCAAUCAGCUGUCUGUCUAUACACUUAGUAGAGAAACAACAUCCCUCCAUUCAUCCUAUUUCAGUAUCAUUCUGCACGUAAUUCUGCCAUUAUUAUAGCUUGUGUAUCAGUCUCUUUAGGUUACAUUCCCCUCCUUGUAUUCCAUGCCAUGUGCCAAAUAGGCUGGCUUUUGUUCUUUCUUGGAGUAUGAACAUUAGAGUAUUUCAUGAAUGACCUUGAGAAGAACAGAUAAUUUGAUCCUGAUUGGAUAACCCUGAAAGCUGUCCUCCAAUCACAACAAGUAUGCAAAUAUUGGGACUCUAUAAAUGGUUUCUCUCCACAGAACACAUUGGUAUACGUUUUUUGUUUGUCCUGAUGAAACCAGUGUUGUAACAUAUUCACUCGUGUCUAAAUUCUCAGGUUGUCAUGGAAAAUAUGAAUGUUAUUCCCAACAACCAGUGAGCAACUCCACUGUAAAUACAGCUGCAUAUUGAUCAUUGAAAUGGCAGAAAGACCAGUGGCAAGGAUUUGAAUGUUAGCUAAAGAGGCUGGUACUCCGAUUACCAUUAUUACACGUUGAAAACCAAAGCAUUUGUUAGACUCUUCAGAGAUGGAGUCAGCCAUGACAUUAUAACUGACACACUGAAGGGGUUGGGGACACACCCUACCCGUCCUACUGAACCUAGUUAACCCCAUCAGUUUGCCCUUCUACUUAUGCCAAAUGGGGUCACUUCAAAAGAACAGCACUCUCAACCAAAAGAAAAAGGUGUGCAAACAGGGAAAGGGAUUGGUCCAGUCGGGUCAACAACAGUAAGAGGGGAUGUCAGGUUAUUGUAAUAGGAUACCAAAAAUAAAAACCAAAAACCAAACCAAGGAACGUCUGAAGUCAACCAAAAAAAACCACAACAACAACCAUCAAAUAUGGAUGGGGGAUGAGGGGUGGAUGAGUGCUGGAGCUGACAUGUCUGUCUGUCUUACUGUUAUCCAGCCAACUUGGCUUCAGUGGCCAGAUCUAGACUGUGUAGCACAGAUGGACAGAUGGAUGGAUAUAUUGACAGACAGGCAGAUAUCUUGAGAGAUGGACAGAUUCCCUCCCUCUCCCCUGUUUUUCACUCCAAACUCAGCUCUUCUUCUCUGGUCCUGGAUGGAGAAAUCUCUAAUGACCUCAUUGAACUGAAUCUUCUAAAUCUGCUUUUAUUUUUUCAGUUUUUUGUUUUUCUAAUUAUAUUCAUUUGCCGUAUCUCUUGAUGCUGUUUGACGUCCUGUCCUUUAGUGCUUACUCAUUUGGGAUAAUAAUGUAUUCGCUUACUACAAGAGCUCCUUAUUUUUUUCGUAGUUGUGCUAGAGAUUUUUAUCAGGUGUUUGGAAAAAUACUGUGAAAAUUUAGCUUUCAGAUUUUUAUUAGAUAAAAAGACUGAUUGUCUUGGCAGAAAAAAGACAUACAAAAAGCCCGAAACAAGUGUUGAACAGCAAAACAUAGAAACCAAAUACCUAAUACCAAAUACCAAAUACCAAACCAAAAAGGCAGGAA